AUGGGAUUGCCACAAAAUAAUAGCUCGGAAGAGCAGUACGACCGCACGCUGGCGAUCAACCUGACGGCACCCUUCUUCGUCACCAAGUAUGCCUUGCCGCACCUGCAAAAGGGCAGCGGCGGCCACGGCGGCACUGUCAUCAACACGGUGUCGGUGGACGCCUACGUGGGCCCGCCGACGCACCUCGACUACGCGGUCUCCAAGGGCGGCUUGGUGACAUUUACGCGCACACUGGCCAACCAGCAGGCCAAGAACGGCAUCCGUGUCAACGGCGUGGCGCCCGGCCCGAUCUGGACGCCGCUGAUCGUGUCGUCUCUCAACAAAGAGUCGCAGAAGAGCAUUCCGGACAGUACGCUCCUCAAGAGAUGGGGCCAGCCAGUGGAGGUAGCGACAAACUUUGUGUUUCUGGCGUCGCAGGACAGCAGCUACAUGACGGGACAGAUUCUACACCCAAACGGAGGGAUGGCGACCGUUUCGUGA